AUGGCGAGAAGCAGACGGACUGCCAACACGGCCACGGUAUCGAAUAAUAAUGAAACACUGCCACCAUCUCUGACAGACUUUGACGCCGAGGCUGGCCUGUUGGCUUUGCAGAAGCACGUUGACGCUGCUUCUCUCGCAUCUGUUACUAACAGCCCCGUCAUCGCAGACCAGCCAGUGGCGCCGACGUCUGCAAUUGCCUUGGCGCAAAGCCAUUUAUACGCCGCCACUGCUGUCAUCCAGCCUGGCACCUCUGCCGCAUAUUCUGAUCUGGAAGCCCAGAUCCACCCUGACCUUCGAUCUGCACAACAGCUCGGCCACCAUCCCGGGAGCUCCUCCUUUGUCGCAGUAUCCGCCCCUCUCAGUUUGAGCAUCAUGUCUGCCGUGCCCUCUCAACCGGCGCCGAAUGCCAUUCCGGCACCCGUGGGCUCACCAAUUCCGAUGCAGACCGACGGACAGCCGGCUGCGGACGGCCGUCGAGGUCCGCGUCGGGAGCUGUCGCAGUCGAAACGCGCGGCGCAAAACAGGGCUGCCCAGCGGGCAUUUCGCCAGAGGAAGGAGGGCUACAUUAAGAAGCUUGAGCACCAAGUGACGGAGUACUCCAACAUGGAGACGCAAUUCAAGCUGCUGCAAUCGGAGAACUACUCUCUGCGCGAGUACAUCAUCCACCUGCAGUCCAAGCUGCUCGACGCCAAGGCCGAGCUGCCGCCUCCGCCGGCCAACCUUAAUAUCGGCUCACCUGCGUCUGGUCAGAGUGCUGCGGCUGCCAACGCGUUGGCUAACGCUGCUGCCGCCGCCGUGAUGGCGAGCCAGGACCCCCAGCAACUCCAGCAGCAACAGCAACAGCAACAGCGGAUACAGCAGCAGCUCCAGCAACAACAGCAACAACAGCAGCAACAGCAACAACAGCAACAGCAGCAAGCCCAGAACGCAAUGCCGCAGAACCAGAAGCCUCCGACUGAGGCCGGAGGCAGCGACCCACUGGCAAGAGUCGCUCAGGCUGUCGCCCAGCUGGAAAGCCCCAGCGGCAGCGAGAGCCCUUACGACAACGUCAAGCCCGAGGACAUGAAGGAUGUCAAGACGAGCGACGACUCCAUGAGCGCGGCCGAGGAAAUCGAGCGGCAGCUCCAGGCACCACAGGAGGCCUAUGCGCCAGUCGUGGCGUCUGGCUAG